UUUGUCACCAACAAAUUAUAGUGUUGCCUAUAAAAAUGCCAAGGCCCUAUAAUUUUGACAAGUGAUGUAAUAAUAAUAAAAUAAAUACGUUUAAUAGUUUGUGUGUAGUGACAGCAACAAUUAGGGUAUUGUCACGCCGUCUGUCCAUCACGUACCCACGAACAUCUAAAUAGUUAUUAUAGGUUUAUGGGUGGUAUAAAUAUCAUUUGUUUUUUUGGGAUCAUCACACAUCUCAAGUUAGUCCUGGUGAGGAUACAACAAUAGAGAUGAAGUGGUUUUUGAUUACUCUGGCCAUAGGCCUAGCGGCUUCGGAUAAACUGGACCAUACCUACCUUCCACCACCAGGUGCUCAAUUUGCUGGAGGUAUUCUUGGCAACCAAGAUGCUCCACUGCAACCUCCUCAUCAUGCGCAUCCAGAGACAGGUCAUAUCAUUCCGGGACACGAACACCACCACCCAACUUUAGGAGUGAAUGGAGAUUUUGGUGAUAAGAUCCCAAAAGUACCUUUCAAUUACAAUCAGGAGAAUCUCCCAACUACGACCACCUCAUACGCGUUUUCCCAGACAACGACUUAUCCGCCAACCGAAGUUUUCAAUCCCGCAAACUUACCUAUAAAUCCUGUUACUGGACUUCCAAUUCUGUUGGAACAAGGAAACGUUCCUUUUGGAUCUACUCAAGGGCAACAAAACAUUCAGCAGUUGCCAGGUAUUAAUCAAAGUCAACAACCAGUUUAUGGAACCAAUGUACAACCUGGAGUUGGACCCCAAGGAUCAAACACCAUCAACUUUGACCAGCCUGGUUUCAACCAACCCAUAAACCAGAUUUCAGGUCAAUACCCAGGUCAGAAUUUGGUUAAUCCUGGAGGCGUGCAAAUACCUGGAUCAGUCAAUCAACUGCCAGGUCAAAAUCAAGGACAAUUGCCUAUUGGACAAGGUAUUGUGCAACAGGGCCUUCUACCUACCGGACCCACUAACCAGCCUUUCAACCAAUACCCAGCACAAAAUUUGGGUAAUAAUAAUGGAGGCGUUGUAUCCAUUCCUGGUGGAAACCAAGGCUUCGUCCAAUACCCUAAUCAAGGUGCAAAUAAUCAGGGAUUGGUACCAUCAACUGUUUCUCCGAUCAAUCCUCAGUCAAGUGUCAACCAGUAUGGCGUUAACUAUGACGAAUCCCAAGGACCUCUUACCCAGGGAACUUACACUGGUCAGCCAAUAAAUGUAGGAGACACUCAGCCUACUCAAACAUCGUACCAAAACCAGGGACCUUUUAAUACUGGUGGAAUAUCACAGUAUUCUACUGAACGCCCUGAUGUAUCUGGACCAAGAGGACAAGGGUUUACUCCAUCUUACUACAACGGUCUUACAAGCACUACACCAUUUUCAACAAUCCCAUCUUCUACCUCUGGAUAUUCUUCUGUCAGACCAGUAUAUCGCCCAGAAAGACCUCAAGCUGAAGCUGAUAGAAACGCAGUCAUUCUUAACUACGAAAACGUUCUUACUCCAAACGGUUACUCCUAUAGCUUUGACACUUCCAAUGGUAUUCAUGCUGACGAAAGUGGAAUUGUUGAUAAUGGAACAAAGGCACAAGGAUCGUAUUCUUACAUCGGUGAUGAUGGUAAGCAGUAUAGCGUUUAUUAUACUGCCGAUGAAAAUGGGUUCCGGCCUCGUGGUGAUCAUCUACCUACUCCACCACCUAUCCCUGAAGCUAUUCAGAGAGUUAUUGAGCAAGCGGCGAAAGAUGAAGCAGCUGGAAUAGAAGAUGACGGAUCAUACGAUGAAAGGAAGUAUGGUGACGAUAAAUACCAAGGAGUAUCAAAAUAUCGUCGACCACAAAACCAGAACCAGAAAACAUUUGACAAGAAAACCAACGCAGCUACUGAUGGUUUUGUAAAACCUAUAACUGGAAUAAAAGACGUAGAAUAUGAUGAAGAAGUUUCAAAGGAUCAGUUUGGCGAAAACAUUCCGGUCAAUGGAGCUAAGAAAGGAUAUAACAACAACCUGUCAGUAAAACGUCCAUCAAACGAAAACCAAGGAAUUAGAAGGAUUUCAGAAAACUCUGGCAAACCAAUACAGGAUAUAGAUCAAAACGGCAGACCAGUCAAUAAACAAGGAACAUUAAUUCAGGUAAAUAAUCAAAAGAAACAAGGAAGUGCUAAUGGAAAACCUGUUUCAAAUGAUAAUAAAAUCGUUUUUAAUGAUGCCGAGGAUGAAAUCGAUAACAAAGGUUCAACUGUGAACAAUCAGGGCUCCUCGAGACGUCGCCCAUCGUCUGAUGGUGGAAAGGAUACUUCAGUAACCAAAUAUCCUGGAGCUAAUGUAGAUGUCACGACUACUAACUAUCCAAAUACCGAAAGUGACGGUUUCGAAGACAGUGAUGGUCAGAAAAUAGUUUCUGGUAGACCUGGUGCAUCAGAUGAAUAUAAUAACAACAACAAUUUGGAAUACGAUAGCGUCACAGGAGCUUCUAUAGCUGGAGGUAAGAAGCAAACAUUGAGAAAACGAAUCAAGGGUAAUCGUAGACCAGGUUCAAACAACCAAAACGAAAAUCAAAACUUACCAGGACGUAAUGAUAUUCAAGGAAAUGUCAGGACACCAUCGAUUUCAGAAUACAUUGAAAAUGCUGCCAGGCAACCCACUACACACCAACAAACUACUAAACAAGACAAAAAUGGCUACCAUUACCAGCAACCAAGCACAACAUUUGAACAAAAUACCUUCCCAAACCGUUUCAGACCCCAAAAACCUGAUGAGCGUAAUACUGAAUAUGUCGAAGGAACUACUCGAAAACCUUUUAUCACCCCAAACGUAUACGAACAAAAUGGAAAAGCCAGUCCAUCAACGACAAGAAGGCCUUUCAUGACUAAAGGUGUAACAUCACCUUCUGAAAAUGGGUACAGUGAUUAUAAUGACGAUAACUACGCAACUGAUUUAGAUGUUGAUGGCGAAGGAAUCAGUGCUACCAAAACUCCCUUUGAAAAAUCUGAUAUUACCUCUCGACCUUACGGAACAACUCAAAAGGGAUCAAGACCUCGAUAUGGUAUGAAGACACAACAAUCAGAAAUCAGUCAAAAACAACCUCUAAGACCUGGUUAUAAGACUGGGAAUACAGAAACUGUAGCUCCAGGAUACUCGUAUGGGCAAACUUCUUCUACACCAUCACACAAUUCUCGAUUCGGAACUACUGAAGCCCCUCAAAAUACGAAACCUGACGGUCGUAGACCAUCAUCACCUAAUUUCGAAUCAACGACAGCAGUCGGCAGACCAGUCACGCAAUCAUCUUUAGGUCAAACGGUGCCAGACUAUAAAUAUCAAUCAACUGAUCCCAAUUCUAAAUACUUUGACAGUAAUGUAGUGUCUGGUUAUCCAACUUCUGGAUAUACCCCUGGUUAUGGCUCAACAUCUGGUAACCCUUCUGUAUCAACACCUCAGAACUAUUACACGUCUACUUUCAGACCUUCUCAAGGUUACUCAACGACAUCAGCACCUCCUACUUCUGGAUACCAACCAGUUUCUGGUGGCCAAUUCCCAGUUGGACCCACUGGAUCUCCUAUACUUACCCAAGAUAGUACAUUCCAAACUGGUUAUCAUUACGCACCACCAAAAUCUGGCAAUCCUUCAUUUGAUUCCGAUGGUGGAUUUUUCACGCCAACUGACAACUCCAGAGUAUCACCAACUUCACCACCUGGUACUUAUCAAACCACUUAUCAAGGUCCUGGAGGAUUCCCAAGUACUACAGUGGGACCUUCUGUAGGAGGAAGCCAAGACUUUAUUCCGAACCAACAUGGCUCUACUCCAUCCAACACAUCACCGAUUGGAGAUCAUCACUAUCAAAAUUUCCAAAACCAACCAUCCACUCCCGGCUAUUCCACUUCCAUAGUGUCUUCUACUCCAGGAACUAAGGUUACUUAUGACUACCCAGGAUCGCCUAACACUUACAAAGAUACAACUGGAUUUGAAUAUGGACCAUCUACUACCUACCCACCAACUUACUCGACUACCAAUUCACCUUCAACUAUUGGAACAACCCCUGGACCUUACAACCCAACUGGAGCUACAAUUCCUUCACAAGGAUCUUCCACUUAUCGUCCUAGAUUCCAAAAUACAGAGGAUUUGUAUGUAGGCAACCCAGUUGAUGGAUUUGGAAGACCAGUACCAACUAAUCAGGGAUCUAACACAGGGUUUACUUACCCAACUCAAAGCCCAAUUGGGUCUUAUAAUGGACCCAAUUUUGGGGGUAAUCAACCUACAACCACGUACCCUGGAGAUCAACCCAGGGUCAUCGGUGAGGAUUUUAGCGGUCCCAAACAACCUCAGAGGUUUGACCCUGAAACUGGUUACCAUUACAAAUGAUUAACUAACUUAAAACGAUAUUUAUUCUGUUAUUUUAUAAUG